GUGUCUGACUCGUUGAAGUUACCAGCAUCAGGCAGUCUUCGUGCCAACUAUAUAGUUACAUAGCGCCAUUAGGAGCUCCAGAGGCUGCAGUCACAUUCCUCUUUUAUGAAAAGAAAAGAAGCAAUCAAUAAUCAAUCCACAGAAUAAAAAAGGAGUAAUAAAAAUGCCAAGAAAAAUCGACUGAACUCAGUGAGGUUAAUUUAUUUCACAUGGUUGCCACUGUGGCAACCAUGUGAAAUAUUUUUGUUCUGAUGCUUCUGUGGCAAUGCCACAGAAGCAUCAGAACAAAAAUAUUCGUGAACAAUCCACAAGAAGCAAGAGAGACUCAAGUGAAUAUGUGAAAAUCGACAUAAAUAAUAGUCAAGGCACUAACUGGGAUGGUAAUCAUGGCUGUUCCUGGAGGUGUACAUGAAAAUGUUAUCUUCACUGCAAGUGUCCCAAGUGAGGUGAAGACUCUGGUAAAGGCUUCACACAACAUGGAUAAAAUCGUCUUCAGGAAAUUGAUUAAACUUGGGCUAGGUUAUCUACAGGGAGGUGUGAUGCAAGAGGAUCAAGAAGCAGCCAUCAAAAACCUCUGUGACUCUACCCAACCAGUGACAGAGAAGGCAGUGUUGAUGACUUGCGUCCAAUAUGCAGGAAUUGUGUCCUUACUCCGGGCUGCAUUGAGAGUUAAUACUGUCACAACUCGUCAAGAUAUUCUUUUGGCUGAUCUUACAAAUUUUGGACUACCAGAAGAAUUUGCUUCAGAUGUUUGCAAGGUAGUUUUUGGUCCUGCCCGAUUGGAUAUUGACAACCAGCUUGUUUCUAACACUCCUGCGCUCCCAGUCAUGACAAAUCUUAAUUGGAGGGUGGAGGUCACAAUUUCAACCAGGGCACUCCGGUUGAUGUUCUGGAACUUGCGGCAUUGUUUGAUUGCCCAGCACGGGUUAUCAGGUGCCAUUGACUACAGUAUUUGCGUGUCACGGCAUUGUCACGCCACACACAAGCUUCCUGAAUGCAAGGAAAAUAUGGCCGCUAAGUGUGUAGUGACCAGGAGUGCUAGCCGUCAAAACAACCCUGUCCCCUUAUCUCCCUCGCCACUGCGGCCCCUGGUUAGUUUCUAGAGGGUCAAUACAGGUUGUACCUCUCUAGUCCGGCAUUCUGUGGUCCGGAACGAUUUUAGUUUGCCCAAUAGCCAACAUCCCUGAUGUACCUCAAAUGUAAUUUUAGUUACAGUGCCAUCACUUCACUUUGGAAGAAUAAUUAUGGUAGCAUUAAAGGUAAAUGAAAUAGUAUUUUCACAGUAUUACUUUUUCUUGUUUAUUUAUUUCCGAUCUUAUGUUUUUCUGCUUAAUGUAGGGUGUUUCGAGGGUGAAUUUCCGUGGUCUGGCACCGGUCAGGUCCCGAGGUUGCCGAACUAGAGAGGUACAACCUGUACAAGUUUUUCUUAGUUCUUUUAGUUUGUUUUAUCAUUUAAAAAUUAUUUUUGUUAAAGUUGAUUUUCCUCGAUUUACCCUGUGUGGCACCCUAGCCCAGGGGUUAAAGUCUAAUGCAUUUCAUUUAUGGAAUCUUUUUUCACUUGAACUUGGUGGUCUUUUCCCACUCAUAUUGAACAAGGGUACACAGUAACACACACAUAACUGAACACAAAUUGGGGAAAGAAUCCAAACUGAGUAGUGCCAUUGUUGUUGUGACUGCUACCAGCUGGGCCAGAAUCCACACAAAAUAAAGUUUAUAAUUUUGGUGAAUUUUUUUUUUCUGUAUAGCAAUUUUUUUCUUUUACAAAUUUUAACCAAAAUUCCAUUAGGGCAAAGUCCUAAACACAGAUGCAUAACUAAAAACAAGCUAGGGAAAGAAUUAUAAGUGAGCAGCUCCAUUGUUGUGGUGAAUGCGGCCUUCCAACUACCUUGUGGCCACCACAGAUGCACACACAUUUUUUACUAUUUUUGUAAAAAAUUUGUUUAAAAAUAAUUUUUUUUUUAUUCCUUGGGCGAAUUUGUUUUCUGUAACUCAAAAUUAAGGUCUAAAUUUGUAAAUUCCGUAAGGGCGAAAUUCUGUAAACCGGGGGAUGCCCGUACAUUAUAUUUAAUUACAAUUAUAUUUAGUUACACUUGUGUUUAGUUAUACAUGUAUCUAGCAUGCGCUUAAAUCCAUAUGGUAUAUUGUCAUAAAAAGUACUACACUUCAGCCCUAACUCCUCACAGAUAAUGUUCAUGGAGAACCCAGCAUCACUUCUGUCAUAUCUUAGUUUUUCUUCAAUUGGUAGAGUUCUGAGCACCAUUCCCUUUCUUCCAGUGGUCCAGUUUUCCCUUUACUUGCUUUUUAGGCCAUAAUAAUACACCGGGGAAGCACUAAAUACAAAAAUGUGGACAGUAGAACAAUGGUCACGAUAACAAAAGUGUGGGAACGGACUUCUUUUCUCUACCACCUUACACAACCCCUAUAAGCCAGAGCUUGUCCGACUUAGAGGGAUCUUACUGUAAUAUAAAAAUAAUGCGUGAUUGUGCAGCCUUCUUCCUUUUGUUGAAUCAUACAUUACUUGUACUUCCAAACUGUAAUCUUACUUGACUACAGUUUGGGAGUAAGGUAAUAAAGGAAACCGGUGUAGGAAAUUUUACUCUAAACGGUCUUCCUCUAUGGUUGAAACGUGUCAAGACUAAAUUCCUAAGGCCUGCUUGUGACCAAGCAAUGCUCUCUCUGAUGUGCUUAUUUAUCGAUUGGUUACAAGUGUUCAAGCCCUCGAGAUCUGUCAUCCUCUCAACUGCGUAAUGUUCUGCUCUUAACUUCUUGUGCAAAUGUUAUUUUCAUUGUGAAAUAAAAAAAAUUAUAGGGGUUUUGUGACCAUGCAGUCCUUGGUAAAUAUGUAGGAUUGUUUUGCACAGGUGUUUGUGAAUGACUAUUACAGUAUUCAGUUAUUGAUUUAGUUUCAGGCCAGGAGCUUCCAGCAGUGAGAAAAAUGUAAAUCUAGUGCAUAGAUCAAUGUACAGUAUAGUUUACAAAAAUAACUGCAUACGAUAUGUUUGGUCUGACCUGAGGCCAUUGAUCCUGGUUUUUUAGUGCAAUAUUUUAGGAAAGUCCUUCAACAGAUUUUUACACAGGUUUCCCUCAUUGAAGAAAUAAGAUCUCCACAAAGUAUACACCACCAUCCACAAUGUUGUGAGAGGUUAUUUUAUGGGUAGAGCUAUGUGAUUGGAUUUAACAUACGUAUAGCAAGAUACAGUAAUUAGACUAAGUUCAAGCAUUGAGUUUAGUAUUAAGGGGAAGAAACUGAUAACCUUAUUUGU